CGUCACGUCGGCAGGCUGAUGGUUCCGCCCUGGCUCUCUUCCUGCUCAGCUCCUCUGUCUCUUCUCACGCCGCUCCGCCGCACAGAAACUCACAACUUCCAGAACCGGGAAACAUCACAUUUUGGGUGCUGUGGUGUGAGGGGCUCACUGAACAGACCAACAGACAUCAUGGUGAACAUCCCAGAAUACUUUGCAGGGAAGACGGUGCUGAUAUCUGGAGCAACAGGCUUCAUGGGCAAGGUUCUGCUGGAGAAGCUGCUGCGGUCCUGCCCUGAAGUCAAAAGUGUGUUUGUGUUGGUCCGGUCCAAAGCUGGUCAGAGCCCCCAGGCCCGCAUCGCUGACAUGAUCAACUGCAAGUUGUUUGAAAGACUGCAGGACGAGCAGCCAGGCUUCUCAGAGAAGAUCACAGCCGUGAGCAGCGACCUGAUCCGGCCCGGGCUGGACCUGAGCGAAGAGGACCAGAGUGUCCUGGCCGACCGCGUCAACAUCGUGUUCCACUGCGCCGCCACCAUCCGCUUCAACGAGCCGCUCAAAGAUGCAAUGCAGCUGAAUGUGCUGGCCACUCAGAAGAUGCUGGCCCUGGCCCACAGGAUGAAGCAUCUGGAGGUCUUCCUUCAUGUCUCCACCGCCUACGCCAACUGUGACCGAGAGCUCAUUGAGGAGGUCGUGUACACCCCCCCCGUAGACUACCGCAGACUCAUCGAUUCUCUGGACUGGAUGGAUGAUGAGCUGGUGUCUGCUCUGACUCCCAAACUCAUCGGGGAGCGUCCCAACACCUACACCUUCACCAAAGCCUUGGCUGAAUACAUGGUGCAGCAGGAGGCCGGAGACCUGAACGUGGCCAUCGUCAGACCCUCCAUCGUGGGGGCCAGUUGGAAGGAGCCCUUCCCUGGUUGGAUUGAUAACUUCAACGGACCUAGUGGAAUCUUCAUUGCCGCUGGUAAGGGGAUCCUGCGUACGAUGAGAGCGUCCAAUGAUGCGGUGGCGGACCUGGUGCCGGUGGACGUGGUCAUCAACGCCACGCUGGCUGCUGCCUGGUACUCUGGAUCUCAGACACUCAAAAGGUCUAAAAGCAUCAUGGUGUACAACUGCACCACCGGAGGCAUCAACCCGUUCCGCUGGGGGGAAGUUGAGUACUGUAUAAACAUGAACUUCAAGACCAAUCCCUUAGAGCAGGCCUUCAGAAGGCCCAAUGUCAAUCUGCGCUCCAACCCCUUUACUAAUCAGUGCUGGACGGCGCUCAGCCACACGCUGCCCGCCCUGCUCUAUGACUGCUGUCUCAGGCUGACAGGCCGCAAGCCCCGGAUGAUGAAGACAAUCACGCGCCUCCACAAAGCCAUGAUGGUCUUGGAGUAUUUCACCAGUCACUCCUGGGUGUGGAGCAACGAGAACGUCACCAUGCUCAUUGGCCAAAUGAGCCAAGAGGAUAAGAAGGUUUUCAAUUUUGAUGUGCGUCAGCUGCACUGGGCAGAAUACAUGGAGAGCUACUGUAUGGGCACCAAGAAAUAUGUCCUCAAUGAAGAGCUGUCGGGCCUGCCUGCUGCACGCAAACACCUCAACAAGCUGAGGAACAUCCGCUACACCUUCAACACCGUCCUGGUUGUGCUCUUCUGGCGCGUCUUCAUCGCCCGAUCCCAGAUGGCCAGGAACAUCUGGUACUUUGUGGUGAGCCUCUGCUUCAAGUUCCUCUCCUACUUCAGAGCGUCCUCCAGCAUGAGAUAAGGAUCCAAGCGACGGGUGGUGGGUGGGGGGGACGAAUCAAUGAAGAAACACUGGCUGUGGAUGAUGACCGGUUCCUGAGCUCAAGGCCCUCGCUGUCUGUCUUUGGCCCGCUUUGCCUGGAGGAUCAGAUGGACCCGUUUCACCCAGGAAACAGAGAGAACCACUGGAGGCCACAGCCCUCUGAAUGUUGAUCUCUAGCAUUUCAUAAAACAGAGGGCAUGGAUCUAUCUCACUUGUACAACGCUCAGAUUAACAACUUUUGGACGAGUUAGAGAAGCAGGAGCACAAACCCUGUUCCUGUUGGUUUCCGUUAGCCCCGCCUCCCUCUCCGGUGCCGACUACUGCUGCAGUCUUUGAGCUCCAACGCAUCCAAACUCACUCCACCUGGUCUGCCUGCUCGCCUGACUGCCUGAAACUAAGCUAUGCAUUGGAUGAAGCUUCGCUGCAGAACCCCUCCGUCUGUUUUCAGUCCUUCCAGUCUUCCUCUUCCCCCUCUCCUUGUCCUUCCUAUGUAACCUUUGAUUGCAAGAUAAGCAGUCAAACUGCAGUGUAAGUUAUAUUUCGCUGUCACCUGAAAACAUCUCAAUUUAUUUUCUACCUUGGUAUUUGUGAUUGUUUUUUGUCAUUUAUUUUUCCUAGUUAGGCCUAUUCAAAUGUCUACAAGCAGGAUUGUGUUUGAAGAAGAAUAGGUAGCUGUCAGCUUCUGGGGGUUUGAGGCAGCUAAAGGAAGAAUCUGUACUGACUCAGCGAAGGCUUGUUCAGGGAGAGGUAUCGCUGAAACUGCUCCCCCUCAGAAGCCCGAUUCUGACACCAAAGCCAUUUCACCCAGUGGAGUGUUGGCAGCUCUGUGAAGAGAAUGUUUCCAUUGCAGGGGCUUUAGGGGGGGGGGGGGGGCUGUGCAGCACUCAGAGUUAUCUUUAAUCUUCCUGCUUGGCAAAAACACUGACAACAACCCCCCCCCUGUAUAUCUCUGGCUAGUUCCAUAAUGCGUACAAUAUGGAUUGUAUAUGGCGGCUUUACCCUGUGCCUACACACUGAUUGUACUUUAAGGAAGCUUCUUCUUCUUCUACAGGUUUCCUUUGUCAUUCAUCUUAAAGCUCUUUUUGCCAAAGUACCUCUACCAGCUCAGAGGAUGGGGGGGUGUAGUCAAGAGGAGACAUACUUUCAUUUAAGGCUUCUUUCAUUUAGUUCUGGAAGCCAUUUUGAUCAUGGAUACACAGUGGGGGGGAUGACUGUUAUGCAUUGCUUUACACUACCUUUCAGGUAGCUCACAAUCUGUGUUUAAGUCCUUUGUAUGGGUCAUCAUUCGUCAUGUUACUAGUUCAUGUUCUAUAUUAGUUCUGUAACUGUGUAAGUAUGCAGGGUUUGCUUAUGCUAUUUAUAACCUGCUGUUAAACUCCGGGACCGUUCUGUUGCCUUCUUCAUCCUGUCUUGUUGCAUAAGAAAUGAGUUUGUUUUUGUUCAGAUGAAUGAUUGUCUUGUUUCUCUGGGUUUUCUAUGAAUGAAUCAUCAUUGCCAUAGAGUCUCUGACCCACCUGAGGUUUACACUGUCUCCGGGGUCUGGAGCAGGCAGAGGGGUCUGAACAGCAGUGGGGGGGCCGUGCCCUACUCUCUGGUUGUUUGCAUGUGUCUCAAAAUGUCUUCGCCAUAGUAGCUCCAAACGCCUACAUGUGGUAUCUCUCACCUUCACAGCAUGAACCAUUUGACAAAGGAUCAUGUGACCUGGUGGAAGGAUGCACCCUUUUGGAAAGAUGUGUGAUUCGUGCCUGAACUUUUUAAAAUAUUCUAACAAUGUGAAAUUAGAUCUGUUUUCUAAUUAUUUGAUGUACAGCUCUAUUUAGGUAGACUUCAAAUUACAGAUGUAUUUUUAUGCUGAUGACAUGCGUGGAUAUUUUACCUACAAGAAGCUUAUGGAUCCAACUUUAGCUGAUGUAAAUAAUAAUAGGUAAAUAUGAGUGCAGUAUGUGUAGAGCUGAAUUGAAAUGUUAAAGGUUGCUUGUAACUGUGCUGUAUGUUCAUGUACUCUCAUUGUCUCUGAAUGUAACAGAAUAACAGCCUGACCUGUUUGCACA